AUAAACGAAGGGUAACUAAGAAAACCAUAACCUCGGCUGAUAAAAUUUAGCCACUGAAAAAUCCAUGUCAGCACUCUUAUAUUGCGUUAUAGAUAAUAGUAAUAAGAUGGAAUUUUACGUUCUCUCCAACAUAUCAAAAUCCCUGUUGAAAAAAACGAAGAAUGGUGGUUAGUGAUGUGCAUAUAUAUCGAUUGACAGACAAAGUGCAUUAUCACUGUUGAUAAUUUUGACGUGGUUUUAAGGGGAGCUGCAAGCAGCUAAUACCUUGAUUUUUUGAUUUUUAUUUUAUAAUUUUGCUAAAACGCUCUCCAACUCCAACCCAGUUAUCCAACAUCACCAAGCUGGCUUACACCCUAAUCCUUCACACACCGUAGUUCAUCAACAACUGGUUUGCACUCCCAUCUCAGAACUCCUUCUCCAGCCAUCGCAAUUCUAACCCCAAUAAAUGGCUCCCCUCAACUGCCAACUGCCAUCAUCCAAGUUCUUCCACCUUCACCUCAGAUAUCCCUUAGCCUUCACAUCACCACCAUGCGUUCCAGCAACGGUACCACAUGUGCUGCAUCAAGCACCGGAGCCUCUAACGGUAACACAGGGCGCCACCCUGUGUACCGCGGAGUGAGGCGUAGGAGCAGUGGAAAAUGGGUUUCUGAAAUCCGUGAGCCCAGAAAACCUAACAGGAUUUGGUUAGGGACAUUUGCCACCCCUGAAAUGGCGGCUAUUGCCUAUGACGUGGCAGCGCUUGCUCUUAAGGGGAAGGAUGCCGAACUCAACUUCCCUGAUUCCGCCUCUUCUCUUCCCGUUCCUGCUUCAUCCGCUGCUCGUGACAUUCAGAUGGCUGCUGCCAGUGCUGCAGCCGCCGUCGGAGCAGCUAAUGAUGCACUGAGUGAAGGAAGCCGAGGAGGGAAUGUUUCGGUUUCGAUGGCACAAGAGUUUCCAGGGGGAAACUUAAACCACUUCGUGGAUGAUGACUUGAUCUUUGACAUGCCGAAUAUUCUGGUCAACAUGGCUGAAGGAAUGCUACUCAGCCCUCCUCGUUUUGACAAUUUUUCUGCUACAGAUUAUGACUACAUGGAUGAAAAUCCUAAUCUCUGGGGCUUCCCUUACUAGUUAGUUACUAU